AUGCGACGGAAUCAGCUUUCUCAGUCCAAAUUAUUCCAGAUCUCGCCAAAGAGGCGUCAAAGAACUGGCUCUGGUCCCGCUGGCUCCUCUCAGAGUAGCAGGAUCGGUGUCAUUGACCAGAGGCUUAUCGAAGGGUCACAACAGCCUCGCUCUCAGACUCGCAGUUCCCCGGUUUCAACAAGCGCUGCUCUGUUCUCUGACAACGAUGAGUCCGAAUUGGAUGCCUUUGAUCUCGAGCUGCUUGCAUCAGAGAACUCCAAAGCAGUAGACGCCCGUGCUACAGCGACCACGCCUAGCCAUGCGUAUGGCACUGCGAAUAAUGGGACGCAAAAUGCUCUAUCGCAGACAUCACGCUUUUUCACUCGUGAGUAUCGAAUGUUAGAUUCCUGGUGGUACCGCUUGUCGAUCAUGGCUGAUGGAAAUUAUACAGCAAGCUCCAACAUCAUCUCUCUCCACGAAAUUGCAUCCAGCCAGCCCGAAAUUCUUCGUGACCCUCCCUCGAGCCCACUGGCUUUGAUACAUCAACGGAAGGAAGCUUUUUGGACAGGUCGGCGCUCCUUAGAGUCUCGACAUGACGGACUCAGACACGACGCAAACCAGCUCCCCUCACAACAGACGUCCUCGUCUCGUCCGAACAAUGAACAAGAUACAAGUGGUAAUGUCGGCCAAGGGAGGUCUCCUUUCGCCAACAUCCCGUUGUCGGUGAGGGGUAUCGUUCUGGUCCCGGUGACUGAACUGACCGAGCAACAUCGCUCUCUUUUCCCAUUUCCCAUGUUCAACGCUAUCCAGUCCAAGUGUUUUGACACAGUGUUCAAGACCAACAACAAUCUUGUACUCUCGGCACCAACAGGAAGUGGCAAGACUGUAGUCAUGGAGCUAGCUAUCUGCAGGCUCCUUAACGUUCUGAAAGACGAGCGAUUCAAGGUUGUGUACCAGGCCCCAACCAAGUCGCUCUGCGCAGAGCGGUUCCGUGAUUGGAACUCCAAGUUCUCGGCUCUGAAUCUCAAAUGUGCCGAAUUGACUGGUGAUACGGACCAGUCGCAGCUGCGUGGCGUUCAAAACAGUCAGAUAAUCAUCACAACACCUGAGAAGUGGGACAGUAUGACGCGCAAAUGGAAAGAUCACAUGCGGUUGAUGCAACUGGUCAAGUUGUUUCUCAUCGAUGAAGUUCAUAUCUUGAAAGAGUCCCGAGGAGCUACUCUUGAAGCUGUUGUAUCGCGGAUGAAGAAUAUCGGAUCGAAUGUUCGCUUCAUUGCAUUGAGUGCAACCGUUCCCAAUUCCGAGGACAUUGCGACCUGGCUCGGCAAGGAUGCUACAACCCAGUAUGUUCCUGCUCACCGAGAGCAUUUUGGCGAAGACUUCCGCCCUGUCAAACUGCAGAAGUUUGUGUAUGGGUAUCACUCGAACGGGAACGAUUUUGCGUUCGACAAGCUUUGCGGCGGAAAGCUACCUGGAGUGAUCGAAGCACAUUCGUGCCAGAAGCCCAUCAUGGUGUUUUGCUGUACUCGAAACUCCUCGGUCGCAACAGCCAAAGAGCUUGCUCGACUAUGGACUGUGACAAACCCUCCCGCGAGACAUUGGGAAGGACCCACCAAACACAUUGUGAUUCACAAUGAAGAUCUUAGAGGAACGGUAUGCGCAGGAGUAGCAUUUCAUCAUGCUGGCCUCAGCCAUGCAGAUAGACAUGCCGUCGAAAAAGGCUUUCUGGACGGUCACAUCAAUGUUAUCUGCUGUACCUCGACACUCGCCGUGGGCGUCAACCUGCCUUGUCACCUCGUGGUUAUAAAGAACACCGUCAGCUGGCAGGAAGGUGGCUGCAAAGAGUAUUCCGACCUCGAAAUGAUGCAGAUGCUUGGUCGCGCAGGCCGACCUCAAUUUGAUAACAGUGCAACGGCCAUCAUCUUGACCAGGAAAGAGCGUGUGAGCCACUAUGAGAAACUGGUCUCAGGCUCUGAAAGUCUCGAGAGUUGUUUGCAUCUUAACCUAAUCGAUCAUCUCAACGCGGAGAUUGGCCUGGGUAAUGUGACAGAUCUCGAAUCGGCAACAAGAUGGCUCGCAGGGACAUUUCUUUUCGUACGCCUUCGUCGAAACCCGACCUACUACAAGCUGAAGGAAGGUGCGAGCCAGGAAGAUGAGGAUAAGCUUCUCCGUCAGAUCUGCGAGAGAGAUAUCAGCCUUCUUCAAGAGUGCGGACUUGUUGAAAGGGAAAGGCUCUGCUCGACCCAGUUUGGGGAUGCCAUGGCUCGGUAUUACAUUCGCUUUGAGACUAUGAGAACUCUCCUCUCAUUGGAAUCUCAUGCGACAAUCUCUCAAAUUUUGGACGUCAUUGUCCAAGGAGAAGAAUUUCGUGAGAUUCGUCUCAAGGCAGGUGAGAAGUCUCUAUAUCGAGAGAUAAACAAAGACCCUGGUAUUCGGUAUCCGAUCAAAGUUGACGUCGCCCUUCCAUCCCACAAGAUUUCGCUACUUCUCCAAGCAGAACUCGGCGCAAUCGAUUUUCCCAAUGGUGAUCAAUUUCAGAAGCACAAAUUCUCGUUCCAACAAGACAAAUCUGUGGUAUUCUCUCACGUCAAUCGACUUAUUCGAUGUGUUAUCGACUGUCACAUUGCGCGUGAGGACGCAAUUUCCGUUUUGAAUGCGCUUGAACUUGCGCGAAGUUUCGGUGCCAAGGUCUGGGAUCACUCCCCACUUCAGAUGAAGCAAAUAGAGCAAAUCGGAGUUGUCGCCGUCAGGAAGCUAGCUGCCGCUGGAAUCAUGAAUCUUGAGGAUCUUGAAUCUACGGAGCCCCAUAAGAUCGAGAUGGCCCUAAGCAAGAAUCCACCAUUCGGGACCAAGUUGCUGGCGCGUGUGAGGGAAUUUCCCAAGCUGAGGGUCGCCGUGAAGAUGAUUGGAAAGGAAACGGAAGCUGAAAAUGUCAAAGUACGGUUCAAACUUGAGGUCGCCUUCAUGAAUGACAAAAUCCCGACCUACUUCCAGCGACGACCCAUUUAUGUUUGUUGCCUGAGUGAGGCAUCCGAUGGGCGCCUCGUUGACUUCCGGCGAGUAAAUGCAAGUAAACUCCAAGAGGGUUUGGAGGCUAGUCUUGUGGCGGACUUGCAUGAUUCGGGACAGUCCAUCGUUUGCCAUGUGAUGUGCGACGAUAUUGCUGGAACGGCGAGACAAGCAAGAAUCAAGCCAGAUAUUCCACCGCAUCUUUUCCCACUGCAGCAAAGUACAUUAUCAGAUACCCGUGGGCCAAGACUUCAGAUUGUCGACAAAAUUGAUUUAAGCACUGAGAGGCAUGUCCAUCAAAUUCCCAAAUCUCAUCACCCGAAGGACACAUUUGAUGGCGACGAUCUAGAGCUCGACGACUUCCUGGUGGCAGGCCAAGCUCUGAAUAAAUCGGCGCAAAAGGAAUCAUCGACCAUCUUUCCACUUGAUGACCUUGAUUGGUUCUCAAUCGAUAGCACUCCCAGCCCACCUCGAUAUAGUGCAGAUCACUCUCAGAGCAAGAACAAUGAGCACACAGCAGAUACGGGUCACCAAGAUCCGGAUGACAACUACGUGCCCAUUCGACUCUCCAAUGGAAACUGGGCUUGCAAUCACAGAUGCAAGGAUAAAAAAAGUUGCAAGCACCUCUGCUGCCGAGAUGGGCUCGAGAAGCCUCCGAAACCCAGCAAAUGCAAGACCGCCACCAAUCUCAAAGCCAGUGGUCUCAGCCAAUUGACUUUGUCGGCAAGCAUCACUAAACCUAAGUCGUCUGAUGAAAAUAGCAAGAAAAAGAUUCCCACCCGGUCUAAGAAAGCCGCGAAAAGAAAAACAAGCCAACGAUCGGACUCAAGCCUGUCCUCUGCUCCGCAGAGAAAGAAAAGGAGAUCGACCCAGAUCCAAAUUGGCUACAAGCACAGUGGCAAGAGUGCCAUGUCUCAAACACAAGAGGAGAAGAGAAAGAGUCUUUCAAGAAGCCUUUCCCGCGAUUAUGGUGAUGAUGAUGGCUUCAAUGAUCUACCAUCACCGUCGGCUCUUUUCGACAAUGCAUACUCAAGUUUUGUUCGACCCCCUCCCCCCACAGCGGAGAGUGAACUACAAAAAGAUGACAACAGCAGUUAUAUUGACCCUUCUAUACUGUCAAUGGAUGAAGACAUCAUUCUAGACCAGUCAAAAAAGACAGACGCUGCUCUUCAAGCUGAAUCCCCGACGAUGGUAGACUCCCAACAAGAUUCGAAUUGUCUGGAGACGCCGGCACGACGUGAGAUCAUUGUGCUAUCGGACAGCUCUGUGUGUGGCUCGGCGGAAAAUAUCUUUAGUUCAACAGAAAAAGUCAAGAGUACAGCCACAACUGUUCUUCUAGCGACAUCUCCCACAAAUACAGCACGAUCGCCAAAGGGAAAGGAAAGAGUCCCGGACUUAGCCCUCGUUGAGAGCAAUCCUUCGCAGCUCAACCAGUAUCCACUCAUGAGUACGCUCCAUGAGAUACUUGCUGUGCCAUCUGCACCUUUUCUGUCAAUGGAUCAAGAAGACGAUGCGGCAUCGGACGCUGAUGAUGGUGCCGUCGGAUACGAGGAUAUCGAUCGAAUGCUGUACGAGGAGUACAAGGAUAUUAUUAACUUUCACUGA